UCCUCGGCCGCCCAUGAGGCAUCACCAUGCUGACCAGCCUGACCGAGGGCUUCCUCUGCUGCCUGCUGGGCAAGACGCCCAACGCCGUGGGGCCGCUGGACAGCGUUGAGUCCUGCGACGGCUUCACCUUCCUGGAGGUGAAGCCGGGCCGCGUGCUGCGCGUCCGCCACGCCGUCCCCGAGCGCCGGGGCCCGCCGGAAUCGCCGGCCGCCGCCGCGGCGCCGGAGCGGCCGGCGCUGCGCUGCCAGCGCCGCAUCACGCUCUACCGCAACGGGCAGCUGCUGAUCGAGAACCUGCCCGGGGCCAGCGGCGAGCCGGGAGCGCCGGAGCCCGCGGCCACCAAGGACGGCGCGGCCACCAAGGACGCCAAGGAUGGCAUGGCCAUCGCGGCCACCAAGGACGGCGCGGCCACCAAGGACACCAAGGAUGGCAUGGCCAUCGCGGCCACCAAGGAUGGCGUGGCCACCAAGGACGGCGUGGCCACCAAGGACGGCGCGGCCACCAUGACCAAGGACAGCAUGGCCACCACAACCAAGAACGGCGCAGCCACCGUGGCCACCAAGGCCACCAAGGACGGUGUGGCCACCACGACCAAGGACAGCAUGGCCACCGCGGCCACCAAGGAUGGCGCGGCCACCAAGGACGGCACGGCCACCGCGGCCACCACGGCCAAGGACGGCGCGGCCAAGCGCCGCAAGCGCAAGCCCAAGAGGGUGGUGACGGUGGACUGCAAGAAGCGCAUCACCAGCUGCAAGGGCACGCACGGCGACGUGGUGCUCUUCUUCAUCCACGGCGUCGGCGGCUCCUUGGACAUCUGGAAGGAGCAGCUGGAAUUCUUCUCCAAGCUGGGUUACGAGGUGGUGGCGCCGGAUUUGGCGGGGCACGGCGGCAGCUCGGCGCCGCCCGUGGCCGCCGCUUACACCUUCUACGCGCUGGCCGAGGACAUGAGGGUCGUGUUCAAGCGCUACGCCAAGAAAAGGAACAUCCUCAUCGGGCACUCCUACGGGGUGUCCUUCUGCACGUUCCUGGCGCACGAGUACCCGGAGCUGGUGCACAAGGUGAUCANCCUGCGUGGGGCUCGCCCUCGCUGCCACCCCCCGAAUCUGGGGCUGACCCCUCUCCCCCCGUGCAGGGCCGGCUUUGCCCGGCAAGGUGCCAAGGAGAAGCAGCUGCUGAAGGAGGGCAACGCCUUCAACGUCUCGUCCUUCGUGCUGCGGGCCACCAUGAGCGGGCAGUACUGGCCCGAGGGCGACGAGCUGUACCACGCCGAGCUGGCCGUGCCCGUGCUGCUGGUGCACGGCAUGCACGACAAGUUCGUGCCCAUCGAGGAGGACCAGAGGAUGGCAGAGGUGCGGGGGUGCCACCCAAUCCCGCCCCGGAAAGGGUCUGGGGGCUCUGCCCCCCCGAAAUUUGGGGUGGCUGUGGGUGGUUGGGGUGGUGGGAAAUGGGAGGAGGAAAAUCCGCUGGUGAUCGGAGGGGCAGUGCCAGGGCUGGCACAGGGCUCCUGCUGGGAUGAGGAAGAUGAAGAUUCCCGGGAUGACGGCACGGCGCCUUCCCGCGUGUCCCCGCUGCCACCGUCGCUUUUAGGGUCGUCAGAGCCCCCUGGGGCCACCCCGGGACCUUUCCCGGCUCCGUCCCCCCGGAGCAGCGGGGGACAGCGGGACCCCGACUCCCGGUGA